AUGGAUCAUCGGUCGAAUUUUCUCCGAUCUACAGAAUUUGGGUACAAUAUUGAUAUCUUUGCAUAUACUCUCGUCAUAUAUGCACGACAGACCCAAACAACACUCGACUGUAGAGCCUGGGCAAUUGGGCGUCUCCUUCUUUCUUCAUUACCUCCAUCUUCUUUCCUGAAUACCACUCUUCUCCGCUCUGUUUUCAUAAUGCCUCGUGACAAUGCCAACGCUCCUCCCUUCUCCACUGUCUCCACCCCAAGUGCGGACACGCCAAGGACAUUCUUUCUCGCGACAGGGCUCGCACGCAGAAGCUCAUAUCCGGCAUGCAGCCUCACGGACCUCUUGUCAUCCAGGAGAUGGGCAAGAGAGACUGUCCGGGUCGCACACCGGCUAUUCUCAGUGCGCGCUAGCGUUCAGCCGUUACUUAUACCGCCGUGGGGGAAGAUCGGGGAGCCUGAUCAAUCUUUCACGCUUCUCAUUGAUACGGGUGUGUAUUCUGUUAAUAUUAUUGAACCCCGCCUCUUUAGCUUACGCAUUCCACAGGAAGCCUCCAACACCUGGGUCGGCGCUGACAAGGAACACAAACCAUCGCCUUCGUCCAAAAACACUCGGAAAUCCAUUAAUGUUAGCUAUGGCUCUGGCUUCUUCACUGGAACAGAGGUGAUCGAUCGACGCGAGCUCUCCCCUGACCUUGUUAUCGACCAACAGUCCAUCGGUCGAGUUCAUUGGUUCGUGAUGAUGGCUUCGCUUUCCUCCAGAGGUUCUGUAGUGUUUAUGACACGACGAACAGUCACGUUGGACUGGCUAAUAUCCCCCACACCCAGGAUAAUACCAAUUAAUGACUUAUCCCUUAUUCUACCAUUCGCUUCGCUCAGUACGAUUGUUAUACCAUGGAUGGUGUUUAGACUUGCUGAGAAUAUGGGUGACCGCAUGAAACUAGGGGUCGAACCUCCAAGGCACAGCAGACGAUGCGUCAUUGCUCGAGAUAUUCUAUCGUUUGAAAGGGCCAAAACUAUCUUCUGCGGAAUCGAGGCAAAAUGCAUCCGGCAACUAGAAUUGUAG